AUGAUAGAGCUUCUCGUUCAAUCAGCACCUCACCAGGGAGGAAUAUGGGAGAGAACAGUACAAAGCGUCAAAUACCACUUACGACGUGUUAUUGGAGAACAACUCCUCAACUUUGAAGAAUUUCUCACCUUAUCUACAAAGAUAGAAGCAAUACUCAACUCUAGGCCCAUCACUGCCCUCUCCUCAGACCCUGCUGAAGUUGAUUACCUCACACCAGGACACUUCCUCAUUGGAAGCCCUCUACUUGCACUUCCUGAGCCCACAUGGGAAGAAGUUCGAAGCAAUAGACUCUCAAGAUGGCAGCUUGUCCAAGCUAUGUCUCAGAAUUUCUGGAAGAGGUGGCAGAAAGACUAUCUCCAUACCCUGCAGAGAAGAGGAAAAUGGACACUUCCCCAAGUAAAUAUAAAGGAAGGUGAUCUUGUAUUAAUCCACGAAGAAAUUUCUCCUCCCCUCUCCUGGAGGACAGGCCGUGUCACCACAACUUCCCCUGGACCUGACGGACUCGUUCGGGUUGUACAUCUUCAUACCAACAAAGGACCUCUAACAAGGGCUGUCACUAAGGUGUCUCCCUUCCCAAUUGAAGAGACUGAAUUUGACCUGGUCCGUUCUGGGUCCGCAGGCGCAGAUCUCCCUCGCCGCUUCGGUUUCUUCCCGUUCUCCCGCGGCCAGCUCCCUUCUUCCUACCCUCACAGACACAGGCAAGAGAACUAA